UGAAAGAGAGAGGUAACAAAGGUGGAGUUGAAGCUUCUGCGCUCCAUCCGCCAUGUGCGGUGCUGGCGGAGAACUGCAAGUUCCUUUUCUUCAAAAGCAUUCCUUUUCCAGUAGAAUCUCCAAGCUAGCUCAGGCAUGGAGGAUUUAGGGUUCAUGGUUGGAAGAGGAGAUUCAUUGCUUCGGUUAUCCUGGUCUGCUACCAUCAACUGUUACGGCGGCGGCCAUCUUUAUCUCUCACUUGGCCUCAAUAACCUCUCAACUAAAUCUGAUAUGCUCGUGCUGGCAAAGUCUUAGACUUAUUAUCUACCCAUUUCUCUCCUCAUCUUUCUCCAUUCUUCUUUUUCUUCCCAAGCUUGAUAAGUGUUGUAAAAGUCGGGUUUGAUGGGGGGCAAAAGCUCGUCAGAGUCAGGUAGGAGGCGCAUCAGCCGCCCCGCAUCCUUUAAAUAUGGCCACCAUUCCGAAGAUCACCCAUGGAGCUCACCCUAUUUCAGCGAGACGCCACAGUAUCAGAAUUAUCCUCCUUCUCAAAGCUAUGAUCCGCCGGUUGAGAACUACCCUCGCACUCAUUCGUUUUCAGCUUCAUAUGCUUAUCCGCCUGAGGACUACUACCCAAAGCCUUCCAAUUAUCCUCAACCUUCUCAGCCAUAUUCCUCUUCUUCUUCAAAUGCGGCACACCGAUUGCCUAGGUUGGACCGAAGGUACUCAAAGAUAGCUGACAAUUACAAAUCCUUGGAUGAGGUUACUGAAGCUCUUGCUCAAGCUGGUCUUGAGUCUUCUAAUCUUAUUGUUGGUAUUGACUUCACCAAAAGUAAUGAGUGGACAGGUAAGCACUCAUUUAACCGCCGCAGUUUGCAUCACAUCAGUGAUAGACCCAAUCCCUAUGAGCAAGCAAUCUCUAUAAUUGGAAAGACAUUGUCUAAAUUUGAUGAAGAUAACUUGAUUCCAUGCUUUGGGUUUGGAGAUGCGUCAACGCAUGACCAAGAUAUCUUUAGCUUUUAUCCGGACGAGAGACCAUGUAACGGGUUCGCCGAAGCUCUUUCGAGAUAUCGAGAAAUUGUGCCACACUUGCGGUUGGCUGGGCCGACAUCUUUUGCCCCAAUAAUUGAAAUGGCAAUGACCAUUGUAGAAGACAGUGGUGGGCAGUACCAUGUUUUAUUGAUAAUUGCUGAUGGUCAGGUCACAAGAAGCGUUGAUACUGUGUCCGGCCAGUUCAGCUCCCAGGAAAGGAAAACCGUUGAUGCGAUCGUUAAAGCAAGUGAUUUCCCUCUAUCCAUCAUCUUGGUUGGUGUUGGAGAUGGACCUUGGGACAUGAUGAAAGAAUUUGAUGACAAUAUUCCAACCAGAUCUUUCGAUAAUUUUCAGUUUGUUGAUUUCACUGAAAUCAUGUCAAGGAACAUAAACCUGACUAGAAAAGACACAGAGUUUGCUCUCGCCGCUCUAAUGGAAAUUCCUUCACAAUACAAUGCAGCAUUGGAACUUGGAAUAUUGGGUCGUAGGAGCUCUAAAUCUCCAGAAAGGGUCCCUCUUCCACCACCUGUAGGAACUUACAAUUUAUCUUCUACUGGCUACAAAAACUCUCAUCCAACCUCUUUCCAGCGAAGUGGGCCAUCCCCUCCCACAAGCACUGCUCCGUCUGCUCACACUUCUUCAUUUGAUAAUAAGGUGUGUCCAAUUUGCCUUACAAAUCUUAAGGACAUGGCUUUCGGCUGCGGGCAUCAGACGUGCUGUGAUUGUGGAGUGAACCUACAAACAUGCCCGAUUUGCCGCAGUGAGAUCCAUACCAAAAUAAAGCUCUAUUAACGCAACGAAAGCCGUUUUCAGAUAGGCCAAUGUUAUUAUUAUUAUAUAUAUCUGUGUGGUUAUUAUUUUUAUAUCUCCGGUAAAUGUGCAAAAUUCGGAAAUGGAGGACUCGCCUUUACAUAUGGCCUUUUGUUGUCUUCCUCAUCAAAUUUCUGGUAGGGAAAAUAUAAGCUGCACUUUUUAA